AUGAUGGCGGCCGAGGCCGGCAGUGAGGAGGGCGGCCCGGUAACAGCCGGAGCUGGAGGAGGCGGCGCGGCAGCGGGCUCCAGUGCCUAUCCCGCAGUGUGUCGGGUGAAGAUACCCGCGGGCCUGCCUGUGGCAGCUGCCCCCUAUCCUGGGCUGGUGGAGACCGGAGUGGCUGGAACUCUGGGUGGCGGAGCCACUUUGGGGUCAGGGUUCCUAGGAGCCGGGUCUGUGACAGGGGAAUUGGGGGGAGCCGGACUGACAGGGGGAGGUACUGCUGCUGGCGUGGCUGGUGCUGCUGCUGGCGUGGCCGGUGCUGCUGUCGCUGGACCUAGUGGAGACAUGGCUCUCACCAAGCUGCCCACUUCGUUGCCUGCUGAGACUCUCGGGCCAGGCGGCGGUUUUCCCCCUCUGCCCCCUCCCCCUUACCUGCCCCCUUUGGGGGCGGGCCUGGGGACAGUGGACGAAGGUGACUCUCUGGAUGGACCAGAAUACGAGGAGGAAGAGGUGGCCAUACCAUUGACCGCUCCUCCAACUAACCAGUGGUAUCACGGAAAACUUGACAGAACGAUAGCAGAAGAACGCCUCAGGCAGGCAGGGAAAUCUGGCAGUUACCUUAUAAGAGAGAGUGAUCGCAGGCCAGGGUCCUUUGUACUUUCAUUUCUUAGCCAGAUGAAUGUUGUCAACCAUUUUAGGAUUAUUGCUAUGUGUGGAGAUUACUACAUUGGUGGAAGACGUUUUUCUUCACUGUCAGACCUAAUAGGUUAUUACAGUCAUGUUUCUUGUUUACUUAAAGGAGAAAAAUUACUUUACCCAGUUGCACCACCAGAGCCAGUAGAAGAUAGAAGGCGUGUACGAGCUAUUCUACCUUACACUAAAGUACCAGACACUGAUGAAAUAAGUUUCUUAAAAGGAGAUAUGUUCAUUGUUCAUAAUGAAUUAGAAGAUGGAUGGAUGUGGGUUACAAAUUUAAGAACAGAUGAACAAGGCCUUAUUGUUGAAGACCUAGUAGAAGAGGUGGGCCGGGAAGAAGAUCCACAUGAAGGAAAAAUAUGGUUCCAUGGGAAGAUUUCCAAACAGGAAGCUUAUAAUUUACUAAUGACAGUUGGUCAAGUCUGCAGUUUUCUUGUGAGACCCUCAGAUAAUACUCCUGGUGAUUAUUCACUUUAUUUCCGGACCAAUGAAAAUAUUCAGCGAUUUAAAAUAUGUCCAACGCCAAACAAUCAGUUUAUGAUGGGAGGCCGGUAUUAUAACAGCAUUGGGGACAUCAUAGAUCACUAUCGAAAAGAACAGAUUGUUGAAGGAUAUUAUCUUAAGGAACCUGUACCAAUGCAGGAUCAAGAACAAGUACUCAAUGAUGCAGUGGAUGGCAAGGAAAUUUAUAAUACCAUCCGUCGUAAAACAAAGGAUGCCUUCUAUAAAAAUAUUGUUAAGAAAGGUUAUCUUCUGAAAAAGGGCAAAGGAAAACGUUGGAAAAAUUUAUAUUUUAUCUUAGAGGGUAGUGAUGCCCAGCUUAUUUAUUUUGAAAGCGAAAAACGAGCUACCAAACCAAAAGGAUUAAUAGAUCUCAGUGUAUGUUCUGUCUAUGUCGUUCACGAUAGUCUCUUCGGCAGGCCAAACUGUUUCCAGAUAGUAGUUCAGCACUUUAGCGAAGAACAUUACAUCUUUUACUUUGCGGGAGAAACUCCAGAACAAGCAGAGGAUUGGAUGAAAGGUCUGCAAGCAUUUUGCAAUUUACGGAAAAGUAGUCCAGGCACAUCCAAUAAACGCCUUCGUCAGGUCAGCAGCCUUGUUUUACAUAUUGAAGAAGCCCAUAAACUCCCAGUAAAACAUUUUGCUAAUCCAUAUUGUAACAUCUACCUGAAUAGUGUCCAAGUAGCAAAAACUCAUGCAAGGGAAGGGCAAAACCCAGUGUGGUCAGAAGAGUUUGUCUUUGAUGAUCUUCCUCCUGACAUCAAUAGAUUUGAAAUAACUCUUAGUAAUAAAACAAAGAAAAGCAAAGAUCCUGAUAUCUUAUUUAUGCGCUGCCAGUUGAGCCGAUUACAGAAAGGGCAUGCCACAGAUGAAUGGUUUCUGCUUAGCUCCCAUAUACCAUUAAAAGGUAUUGAACCAGGGUCCCUGCGUGUUCGAGCACGAUACUCUAUGGAAAAAAUCAUGCCAGAAGAAGAGUACAGUGAAUUUAAAGAGCUUAUACUGCAAAAGGAACUUCAUGUAGUCUAUGCUUUAUCACAUGUAUGUGGACAAGACCGAACACUACUGGCCAGCAUCCUAUUGAGGAUUUUUCUUCACGAAAAGCUUGAAUCGUUGUUGUUAUGCACACUAAAUGACAGAGAAAUAAGCAUGGAAGAUGAAGCCACUACCCUAUUUCGAGCCACAACACUUGCAAGCACCUUGAUGGAGCAGUAUAUGAAAGCCACUGCUACACAGUUUGUUCAUCAUGCUUUGAAAGACUCUAUUUUAAAGAUAAUGGAAAGCAAGCAAUCUUGUGAGUUAAGUCCAUCAAAGUUAGAAAAAAAUGAAGAUGUGAACACUAAUUUAGCACACCUAUUGAACAUACUUUCAGAGCUUGUGGAGAAAAUAUUCAUGGCUUCAGAAAUACUUCCACCGACACUGAGAUAUAUUUAUGGGUGUUUACAGAAAUCUGUUCAGCAUAAGUGGCCUACAAAUACCACAAUGAGAACAAGAGUUGUUAGUGGUUUUGUUUUUCUUCGACUCAUCUGUCCUGCCAUCCUGAAUCCACGGAUGUUCAAUAUCAUCUCAGAUUCCCCAUCUCCUAUUGCUGCAAGAACACUAAUAUUAGUGGCUAAAUCUGUGCAGAACUUAGCAAAUCUUGUGGAAUUUGGAGCUAAGGAGCCCUACAUGGAAGGUGUCAAUCCAUUCAUCAAAAGCAACAAACAUCGUAUGAUCAUGUUUUUAGAUGAACUUGGGAAUGUACCUGAACUUCCGGACACUGCAGAGCAUUCUAGAACGGACCUGUCUCGUGAUUUAGCAGCAUUGCAUGAGAUUUGUGUGGCUCAUUCAGAUGAACUUCGAACGCUCAGUAAUGAGCGUGGUGCACAGCAGCACGUAUUGAAAAAGCUUCUGGCUAUAACAGAACUGCUUCAACAAAAACAAAACCAGUAUACAAAAACCAAUGAUGUCAGGUAGCAGCCUUCGCCCCAGUGUUCUGCAUGGAUUCAUCAUGCCCAACGUGGGGCAGUUUAAACCUUAGCACCAGAGCAAGGCCCAGGGAGAAGCUGAAGCUUUAGAUCAGUAUUUUUGCUAAUGGCCUCUUUUGAAAAGGAUUCUAUAUAUGCAACAAUUCCUUCCGUCUCAUAAUUGUGCAGGGCAGGUAUGACAUAUGGAACAUAUGUGGCAGAAUGACAUUGGUCAUCAAAGUGGGUGAGACAGGAACCCAAGGAGGUGUUCUUACACUAAGGAAAGGCCUAGAUUCCAAGAGCAACACUUUAUGCUAUUCCUCUAAUGUAUAAAAUACAGGAAAAAAUAAAAUGCUAAAGGUUUAAAAGAUGUCUGCUUAAUAGUUUCAAGCUACAAAAGGCAAUUGUUUCUAUGGGGGCUGCUAACUUCUGUGGCUUCAAUCACAGUUUAACACUGAUACCAAAAAUCUCAACAUGUCCCGUGCUCCUUUUCCUUGAAAUCAACUCAAUUCAUUCCAUUCUCUCCUUUCCUGGCUCUUUUAUCAAAUUACUCUCCUUUCCAUCCCUUCUGUUUUAUAGCUGGACUUGGACCAACAUAGUAUCCCAGGUGGUCUCCUUCCUUAGUUACAUGAUAGAAGACAGGGAGGAUACGGACUAGUCAAGAUAUUUUGCUAUGCACUUUGGUUCCCACUAAUCACGCUUCAAUCUUUAGCCAUACUAACCUGUCAUUCCUCAUUCUGAAAUCCUUCUCCCUUUUAUUUAAAAUCACAAACCUGACUCAUCCUGCUUCUUAUAUUUUAACAUCAUUUGUCUCUCAAGUUGAAAUGGAAACUUGUUACUUACCUUUGUAGGCCCUGUAGUAACUAGCUUGUCAGUGUUGAAAUAAAACCUCUCACACUUUAACUUUUUUAAUGGGGCUGGGUGGGAAAAUUUUCAGUGAUAAGUGUGGACCUUGCUCUGAUGCCAAAGUUUGGCGAUCUGAAAGGGAAAAUGAGAAAAACUGUGAACAUCUUGUAAUUCUGUCUAAAGCCUAGCAGCAAUGUACUUAACUAGGACCACGAUGGAGGAUUUAUAACUUUUGGCUUCUUCCACUCUGCUUUUGUAAAAUCGCACGUCAUGAAUUUUAUUCCUUUCACUCCAGAAUGAGGGAAAAAAAAAACAAAAAAACAAAACAAAACAAAAAAACACCCCACAAAACUCAAGCCUACAGUUUAAAGAAUUGUUAUUAGAGAGAUGAAUAUGCACACAGUAAGCAUUGCCUUAAAGUAGAUGUAAUUAUAAUGGUACUUACCUUUCUGGAAAGUACAGCCUGGGAUGUAUUGAGACUGAGGAGGUGUGUGUAUCUGUGCAAUUUAAUUAGAUUUAGGACACUUGAAUUACUCGGAAUUCCUUCAAGCCAGUUUUCCUGAAAAAAAAUCUGGCUUGAUAUACAGACAUCCACAGUUCGGUUCCAAUUAUAAUAGUUAACAAUUACUGAAUACUUAGUGUAUGCAGGUACUGUUCUAAUUAAUCCUAUAAAGAGUGGGCAUUAUUAUUUUCCCCAUUUUCAGUGUGGAAAACUGGCACUUAAGAGAUUUAAUAACUUACUUAGGUCACAUAGUGAAAUAGAGGCAGCCAUGAUUCACAUCUGAGUAAUUUGUUGUAAUAGUCUGUGCUUUUAUAUUUUUAAAUUGACUCAUUUCAAUUUGAAUUACAUUUCUCGAACAUAUUUAGUCUGCACAAUUCCUAGUAACUGUUAUAAUCUACUUACACGGAUUCACUUAUAGGUGAUCUAAUAGGUUAAUUAAAGGCUGUGGUGACGUGUGCCUGCAGUCCCAAUUACUCAGGAAACACUAGCGCGUAGGAGUUUGAGACAGCCUGGGCAACAUAGCAAGACCCUACAUCAAAACAAAAUUAAAAAACCAUAACCGAAUAUACAAAUUGCUUCUGCCUACUUAUCUAUACUAGCCUACGAGUUUGAUGUAGACAGCUAUUCAAAAUCAUAUAUUUGUUUUUUUUUUUUUUAAACUCAUUUGGAAAUGUUUUCGGGUAAGUAAAGAAAACCAAUAAUAUUCAUUACCCAGACAACUGGCUUUCAGUACCAUGUAAUAGUUGAAAUACCUUCUGCAGUUUAAUAGUAAUGGACAAAUAGCUAAAUGUAUCAGGAUGGCAUUCAAAAAGCCAUUUAUAAAAGUUUCUAGAGGGCAAAACACAUUCCGUUAAAGCUGGCUACUAAGUUUUGGUUUUUGUGGUGCCUUUUUCUUAAAAAAGCAUAGGUUUGCCUAUCAUAUUUUGCUUAAAAAAUUAGGCAAGUAAGUUGCAACUUUAAUUUGAUAUUAGUCAUGAUGGAAUAAGAAUAUUCAAAACAGGUGCUAUUCUAGCUCUUUUGAAGAUGGUUUAUUUUACAUAAAGUUACUGUGAAAGGGAAAGAAAGUAAUAGAAAAGUUUUAAUAUAUUUUGUUUUCACAUUACACCUUUUAAAUAAAGUUAAACG